GACUUCCGGGUGUGGCAGCAUGGCGGCUGGUCGAGCGCUCUGAGAGCUCUUGGGCGCUAGCCUCUUCAAAGGUCAAUUUUGGGGGUAGAGUACACCCCAUCUCCUGGACGGAUCGAGUGCCGGAGAUAGCUAAACCAUCCUAGCCCUCAGCCAAGAGACCCAAAGGGACGCUCUCCCUCAAGGAGUGCGUCCGAGCGGUCCGGCGAGGGAGGUGGUAGCAGACCAGAAGAAGUGCAGAGGGUAUAAAGGAUCCCUGUACAGCCGCCAGCCGCACUUCCAAAUACUAGAAAAUUAAAAAAAAAGAACGUACGAACGCAAGAGAGAGGAUCUAAGCACAGAGUUGUGAGACCUGGUGGCGGAUGGGAACAAAGAAGGAAUAAGAAUAAGAAGAACGAGAAACAAGGUAACCUCUCCUUUUCUAAGAGAGACAGAUAGAUAAAAGCAAAAUUAAAAUCAAAGAAAGAGGAGGAGGGCGAGGAAUGAGACGCGGACUCAUGCCGAAGAAAGAGAAUAAUAUUGGAAAUUGUGUUUUUUGGAAAUACUGUAACUGAACUAGAAUUGUUAAACGCUGGAAGCUCACUCACUCAGAAAUUGGAAACGCGCCAGGUUCCAUCGGCUGGAAGAGAGUGGGAGGCGGAGGAUCGACCUUGGGGCAAGAUUGUUUGGUCUAGCCGGACGAUUGCGUCAGCGAACUGAUUCCCGGAUGAAGGUGAGGGCGGAAGUGACCCAGCGGAAGGAGUAGCGGAAGGAGUUGCAGAGAGGGGAGACAAGAAGGGCCCCUGACAACACACCAUAGAGUCUGGAAGGUUAGAGUCGAAAGAGGAAUGGCGGGGGCGGUGGUGUGACAGAAGAGUACAUGGGUAAAAGAGGAGGAGAAGAGAGUCAGACACAGCAGCGGAGACUGAGGAAUCGAGAGGAGACGAGAGGAGAGCGGAGGAAGGAAGAAGGAGGGGUCGAACGUGGAAAGUAACGAGGAAGAGAAGUAGACGGAGAGACAGGAGACGCAGGAGGAGUGGAGAGGAAGUGAAAGAAGACGUGACGAGGACGAGAAGCAGACGUGCGACGGUGAGAGGCGAGGAGGGCGCGAAGCAAGACGUGAACCGGGCGGGCUGCGGAGAGAACGAAGAAGAGAAGCAGGGCAGCGGUGAGAGGGACGAGAAAUAAAGAACGAGGACGAGAAGCAGACGAACGGCAGAGAGAGGAAAAAGACGAGGACUUAAACCAUAUUGAGUUACGAGGAAUCCACAGUAAGUAAAGCCGGAAUAAAAACUACUGAAGAUGACUACCCCAAGGGCGAAGACAGAAGACAAGAGAACCACAGCAAGAAAGGGAUCAAUCUCGGAGGAGGUGAACCUUAAAGAUAUUUUGAAGGAACUCCAGGGAAUUGCUGAGAACCAAAAAACAUUUCAGGACCAACUGACUACACUGAAAAAAGACUUAGCAGAAGAAUUCACAGAAAUCAAAAAGGAAAUGAAAGGCUUGCAGGAAGAUAUUAAGGGCAUGAAAGAAGAUAACCAAAAAUUAGGAAAAGCACAAGGAAACCUUAAAACAAAACUAGAAAAACUAGAAGUGAAAAGCGCAAAACUAGAAGAAAGGCAAGAAAGAUUAGAAAGGAGAGAAUUGGAAUUCCAAGUGAGAAUAAGAAACAUAGUAGAAGAACCAGGAGAGAAUGUGAAGCAAAUAGUAACCCAGAUUUUAGCAGAUUUGCUACAAACACAGGACGAAGAAAUGGAAGAGAACAUAGAAAGAGCCUUCAGAGUAACAACGAAUUUUUCAAAGAAAAAUAAUGUAGCGAGAGAUGUGGUGGUCCAUUUUGAAAGAAGAAAGAUCAGAGAAGAAGUACUGAGAUUAAGCAAAAAGAAUACCAUCAGAUUUAAAGGAUUAAAGGUAACAAUCCUCAGGGAAUACCCGACUAGUACAAUGCAGAAAAGGAGGAAAUAUCUCUUCCUUACGGAGGAACUAAAAAAGAGGCACAUUAGGUUUAGGUGGGAAAGAAGAGAAGGAAUCAUGGCCACUUAUAAACAAGAACAACAUUGGAUAACAACAGAGGACAAGGCGAAAGACUUCUACAAACUAUUGAUGAAAGAAAAAACCAAACCAAACCCAAAUAUCAGCCCCUCGGAAGAAGAACUUGAGAGAGAUAAGAAAAGAGCCAGAGCCAUCUCCCCGGAAAACCACUCUAUUAAACCCGUCGUACAUCUCCCAAACUUGAUAGAUCUAGAGGAAAAAGAAUCAAAAGAAGACUAAGAAAAUAAUAUGGAAAUAAAAUGCCACUCAAACAACAUCAAUGGACUAAAUUCCCCUAAUAAAAGAAGCAGAUUAUUUAAUUAUUUAAAGAAGUCGCGAUUUGAUUUAAUAGCUUUACAAGAAACACACAUCUGCCAUAGACACGGUGAACUGUUAUCCCAUAAGGGUCUGGGGGCUGUAUUCUCAUCGACAGCCAAAGAGAAAAAAAAGGGGGUGGUGCUGUAUAUAAAUGAGAAGCUGAACCCGGAAUUGGCAUUCAAGGAUGAGGAUGGAAGAUGGGUGGGUGCAAAGAUCAGGACAGACAAUCAGACAAUUCUAAUCUGCAAUAUAUAUGCUCCGAAUGGUCCAAAAACAUCAUUCCUAGAAAAUCUAAAAAAGAAAAUAGAGGAACAAGAAUUUGACGAUCUAAUAAUACUGGGGGAC